AUUAUUGAACAUCACCGCCAUGGACGCUGCUGUGCUUCAUCGGCGGCUGCACAUGGGGAUGGAAGCAGCCUCGACCGAGGAGGAGACUGCCUUGGCACAGGCGUCGACCAUCCAGCUGGCGCUUGCAGGCAUGUUGUUUGGUCUCAUCCACGUGCUCACAGGGCCCGAUCACCUCAGUGCAUUGGCAACUCUGUCCGCUGGGUCUUCAUGGCGCUCAUUUGCGCUGGGAAUCCGUUGGGGAUGUGGUCACAGCAUCGGACUGGUCAUCAUGGCCAUUGUCUUUAUUGCAUUGGACGGAAAACUCGAUUUUUCGGUGCUCAACGUAAUUACAGAUGUGCUUGUGGGCGUCUUUAUGAUCGGACUGGGUGUGUAUGGCGUACAUGAAGGCAUUAAGAAGUCUAGACAGAGCAGACGACGAGGUGCCAGUCGCAGGAAAAGAAACAUUAUCCGCGACAAGAAUAAUACGCAGGAGAGUGAGAGCGAAGACGAUGACGCCGUGAGUGACGGCACCGAAAAUGAGACCGAAAUGGAGACGGACGCAGUGGCAACUCCUAGUCGCACUUUGCUAAAGGAGGGGACGUCCAAAUCGGAAGAAGUGGUGGUGAAAUUUAGCGAUGACGAAGAAGUGGCAUCUGCCCGACGCAGGAGGUUGGAGGCGUUAAAGAAGUCGAAAGCUGAGGAAUCUGAUGACCAAGAGGACGCCGUGAUGGUUGACGUGGAAAUGUCGCCAAAGUCAAGACCGCACUCGGCAAGUGUGGACACGAUCUCAUUGGACAAUAGUCCGUGCGAGAGUGUCGUGGCACUGGAGGAGUUGCUGUCCGAGCGCAGCCCGACUAGCGAAGAAAUGGAAUCUGAUAUUGACAGAACUAAGCAGGAGACUGGACCCAUGUGUUGCGGCUUCAAGUUGCCUACGAUCGAUUUCCAAAACGCCCAGACACAGAAGGUAAAGUGCAAAUAUUCGGAUGACUAA